AACACCCGUGUCAUUUCACUAUGGCGAAGGGGCUGUAAACAAAUGCGGUGGGAAAAAGCGCGUCUUCUUUGUGAAAAUAGAUUUCCGUUAGGGAUGAUUUCGCGUUUAGUUGAAUAUAUUAACAUGGUACGGAUGGAGAAAUGUGUGAAAGCGCUUUAGUGAUGCAGACUGGACGCGGACCAUCCGAUUUCAGUAACAUGGACAUGAUCAAACCGUCAAACCUCUUUCAAAUACACCUUUUAUCCUGUUAGUCCGGAGCUGUUUUAGGUUGAAAUCAUGUUGACAGGGUCCAAAACCACCUUUAAAGUGAGACAGAUGGUUCCGGACAUGAAGGAGAGGAUGAUGAGCCACAGUAGCCUUCAUGCACGUGGGAGAGAUGUGCUUGGCCUCUGCUGUUUACCAGGAGAGUGUGUGCUACAGCGAGCCGUGCUGGUGAGGAAGAAGCUGUCGGCUAAAGAAGGAGGAGGCUGGUUGUCUGGGACUCUGUUCUGCACUCAUUUCAGAGUGGCCUUCGUGCCUCAGGACAGCCAGAAACCUGACGAUAACGCAGAUCCUGUGCUGCUCGGAGAUCAUGACGUAGCUCUCGCCUCCAUUGAUAAAGUCGUGGCAGUGGGACCAUCUCGCACCAAACUAGUGACCCCUACCUGCUCUCUAAAAUUCACCCCCGAGGAGCUGGUGUUGUACUGCCGAGACAUGCGUGUCCUCUGCUUUCUGUUUGACAGACUCACGCCUGAUACUCAAGCUGUGGAGAUCACGUACACCAUUGCUAAGACCUACCAGCCACUGAAACCUGGAACCAUCCUCUCCUUCCAAAAUGCUGCUUUGGGUAGUAUUGAAAUGAAGCAGUUCCUAAGCAACAGGCGGCGUGACCCUAACAUGAACUGGUUCGAGUGUUCGAUGGGAUGGGAUCAGGAGCUGGAGAGGACAGGUGCCAGCGGCUGGAGGGUCAGCUCUGUCAAUGACCGCUUUGAGAUGUCCACCAGUCUGCCCAGAUUCAAUGUGGUUCCUCAGAGGGUCCUGGACACAGAGCUCAAGAAAACAUUUGCCCACUUUAACGAGGGUCGCAUCCCACGCUGGUGCUGGCGACAUCCACAUGGCAGUGACUUACUACGAAUGGCCAGCUUCCAAAAUAACAUCUACCAUGAGAAGGACGACAUCAGGAACCUGGAGUUGGUGCUCUUCGGCGGACAGCAGCUGUGUGUGAUUGUGGAUCUGGGAGAGGAAAUGCCAUCACCUGCAGACAUCCAGCUGGCUCACACCAGACUCCGGACUCUUUGUCUGGGCGAUAUUUCAUCAUCUGUAUCAGUACCUGAUGACAAGUGGCUCUCCACUCUUGAAAGCACUCGCUGGCUCGACUAUACUCGGUGCUGUCUGAGAAAAGCUGCAGAGGUGGCUUGUUUGCUCAGAGGAGGUCACAUGACUGUUGUUCUCCAAGAAAGGCGCGUAGAGCCAGCCCCUGUGUUCCUGCUGUUUCUCGACUGCGUAUGGCAGCUGUGGGCGCAGUAUCCCGCACGCUUCCAGCUUACUGAAGACUACCUGCUGGCUCUGCAUGACAGCGUGCACCUUCCACUCUUCAGCAGCUUCCUGGCCAACAGUCAGAGGGAGAGAUGUCGCCGUUCACAGCAUCUUCCCCAGAGCUACACCCCAGUGAACGGUCUGAGGGAAUUGCCCAUGGGCGCCCCAGAGGAGCCGGUAGACCCACCUUUCCCUCCGGUGUGGGACUGGGCCCUGCAGUACAGCGGUCAGAGACGAGCCCACUUCACCCAACCUGUGUCACAACCUGCCUGCCCUCCACCCGUCCUCAACGGAAACCUCAACACCAACCUGGACCGCAGCUGGCACAAUGAUGGACUGCCAGGCUCUGUGUUCCUGUUGUCCCGUAGCACAUUCUCCCAUCCCUCCAACCUGCUCCCCUGGAGGAGCGGAAACUCUGGCUCAUACUGGAAGAGCCACCGCAGGGCUCCUUCAUCUGAGAGUCUGUCUGGACUCGAGCGUCUCAUCCGAGCUUGUUCGCUCUCUGAACCCUCAGAGAACCCCUCAAUCCUCCACGACCCAUACGAGCCCCUGCUGCCCCUGCUCUUGGGACCCUGUGUCAGAGUAUGGAGGGGCUGCUAUUUACGGGGCACACUACACGCUCAGGCUUUCUCACACCCCACGUCUUCCUGCAGUCAGCAUCCAUUAGAUCAGCUGGCCUGGGAAGUGCAGCAGCUCCGAGAGAAACUGGCUCAGGCUUCUCACAGACGCCCCGAGAACCAGACUAAACGACAGGAGCCACGCCGGCUGGACUCCAACCUCAACCAGAACGCCAACAAUGGGACCUUCCUCUUCUCCUCUUCCUCUAGAACAUGUCAACAACAGCCGCUGCUGCCCAGCCGAGGUGCGGCCCACUCCUCCGUCCCUCCCAGAGCCCAGCGGACGGCAUCUGAUCCAUCCAGGCCUGCGCAGAGGAAUAACGGCAAGCACACGUUUCUGUUCGGCCACCAAGAGCCGCAAUCAGGGCAGCGUUACAUUCCCUUCCCUAGUGCCAAACUUCCCAAACGCCCCGGAAACUCACACUGAUCUUUAGGAAGGAAAGAAACGCCCCCCUCUGGUGUUUGUGUUACUAAAACAAUUCAAUACGGUACAAAGCAGAAACUCCACUAGAAACAUGAAAUCUAUGUGCACUUGAAAAAGCACAGAUUGACAUGGGCUUUUUUGUAUGUAGAGUUAAGCAUAAAACAGGCUAGCAAAAAAGCGUCAACGAUUUACAACAUGAAAUUCUUCCUCUGUUGUUUUUAUAAGAUAAUUUAACUACAUGGUCUAGUUCACUAAAAAUAAAGAAUCUUAUUUAUUCAUCCUCAUGUUGUUCCAA